UUAGAAGGGAAGUACCGGUUUGCGGCCGUUGCCGCAGACAACGACGAGUGUUCGAAGAUUGGAAAUCACGUGAUGGAGGUACAGGGUGGAACAGCAAUGGAUGCGGCGGUAGCAACCGUCUUGUGUUCCAGUGUCCAGAACAUGAUGAGCUGUGGAAUAGGCGGUGGCCACUUUCUAACCUAUUACAACAGAGCUUCUGGGAAGGUGGUGACGGUGAACGCCCGGGAGCAGGCGCCAUCGGGAGCCGACCGUGACAUGUUCACCGCCGAAAAGAACACAUCUUCCGUCACAGGUGGAUUGGCCAUCGGUAUUCCUGGAGAAAUAAAAGGUCUAUAUAAGGCGUGGAAGCUGGGUGGGCGGUUGCCAUGGAAACAACUUCUACAGCCAGCAAUUAAACUUUGUAAAGAGGGAUUUAAAGUUGGAAACGCACUGGAGGCUGCGAUUAGAAGUACCAGCAGAUUCUUUCCCGAUUUUCCGAAUUUACGCGAUCUCCUAACCAACCCAGCAACCAACGGCAUUUAUAAGAAGGGGGAGACGAUGAAGGCCCCUAAACUAGCCCAGACCCUAGAAACUAUAGCGGAAGAGGGACCGGACGCCUUCUAUAAUGGGAGCCUCUCGGCUAAUAUCGCUGCAGAUAUACAGGACGCAGGUGGCAUCAUAACGGAAGAAGAUCUUGCUAAUUAUACCGUACGGAUAGAAGAGCCGCUCACCUUCCGGUUGGACUCUGGUCACGUGGUCUACUCUCCGCGCCCACCCUCGGGCGGGGCCGUCUACCUAUUCAUCCUUAAUAUCCUCAAUGAGUUCCGAUUUUCUAACGACAGCGUGUCAACUGUGCCGAAAGCAAAGAGAACAUGGCAUCGCAUGGUGGAAUCUUUUAAACAUGCCUACGCGCUGCGCACGCAACUUGGCGACAACCAAGUUGGAACACCCGCAUUUCGAGACUAUGUUGAUGAGCUGGUACGUAACAUGACGGACCCCACUUUCGGAGCGGCGCGACGUGAACGGAUCAGCGACUGUUCGACGUUCGAGGCGGACUAUUACCAACCUAUGUUUUUCAACAUCUGGGAUAACGGAACCUCACAUCUCUCUGUCCUAGGACCGAAUGGGGACGCUGUCUCAAUCACCAGUACCAUCAAUCUCUUUUUUGGUUCCAAAGUGGUCGGAACCCGUACAGGCAUUGUGUUUAACAACGAAAUGGACGAUUUCUCAACGCCCGGCACUAUCAACUCCUUCGGUGUUCCCGCCUCGGAAGCUAACUUCAUAGAACCUUGGAAGCGCCCCCUAUCUUCCAUGACCCCGAGUUUGGUGAUUGACCGCAACGGGGAUGUACAGCUCGUGGUUGGCGCUUCCGGUGGAACGAGGAUUAUUCCUGCUACAGCGUUGGUGACAGUCGCGACUCUUGAUUGGGAUUGGGGUAUCAAAGAGGCGAUAGACUACCCGAGGGUUCAUCACCAGCUUUUCCCUGAAACACUCCAGAUACAGACAGGAUUCCCAGGGGAGGUAAUAGACGGGCUACGGGCAAUGGGACAUAACAUUACAAUGUCGGACAGCGCUUUCAGUGUGGUCCAGGGGAUUCUGAGAUGUGGGAACUACAUCACGGCCAACUCUGAUUAUCGGAAAGACGGGGCACCGGAUGGCUAUUAACAACAGUGAUCAUGUUUAAGCAGGCUUAUUGGAUAUACUAUUUUACAGUAGUGAUGAAAGACCACGUUAAAAACUAAGAACAACAAUUAACAACAUAUUUUCUUUAAUGACAGUAACAUCAUCAAAUUGUUUUUACAGCAAUUAUCCUUAAAUUAUUGACGCUCGUGAACACGAUUAUCAAUGGAAAUAAAUGCAAUAUUUAUUGACAGAAUUUAUGUAAUAUCACACUUUUUCACUACACUUUUAAAAUAAUUUUGCUUAUGUGUUUUUAAAUAUAACAUACCAGUUGAAACCACGGAGAAAUAACCAUGAUCAUAUAUAUAUUUCUAAAGUUUAAAAUGAAUAGCGCUGUAAAAGAGCGUCUUAUGAAAGCAAAGUUUAGUUAUGUAGCAAUGUAGUUAUGGCAUGGGCAUUUAUGGUAUGUUAACAUAGAAUUGAUUAUUCAAAACGAUUUUUAAAAAAAUACUUCAAAUGAUGGAUACAGUCGAAUUCCAUUGCCUCGAACUCCCAGGGACUAACGAAUGUACCUUGACAGCACCCGUAUUUUCAUUUCAUUUAACUAGUUUGCGACCCUGAAAGUGUAAAUCAUAUCAAUAUCUUAAGUAAAAUUA